CAAUUUGAUUGGUUCCAUGAUUUCCUUUGAAGCUCGAGCCUAUGAAAAUAUAUCUAUUUUCUGCAAGGAUCGAGGAGCCAGGAAACACCACAGUGUCAGUGACUUCUUGUCCUCCUAGCCAUUUAUUGCUACUGGUUUUAGAGCGGCGUUUAGUGUUCUGUACGGCGGAUAUUUAAAUAUGGCCGCCUCAAGAUAGUUCUUUUAGAAGGGCGCAGACAUAUUAUCUUGUAAGGCCUUACCGGAAAUCUUGUUUACCGCACAUCUUCAAAUGUUAUGACCCUCGCCGGCCCCCGUAGGCGAGGAAGUAUUUUGUACGACCGGUCGAGAAGUAAAAGCUGUUCACGGAAGUAAGUGCAACUUAUCAGAACUGUUCGUAGUUCAGGAUAUAAGCAGGUCCUGACUCCUCAGCAGCAAGAGAAUGAAUUGAAGAAAAGAGGAAGAUGUUCUAGGAUUUGGGUAUUGUCAUUUCUGGAACACCCUUCAUGGUAGACUGAAAUUUCUGAACAGAAAUUUAGAGCUGAUCCAGAAAACAGAGAGAGCGUCCCAGGUGCUGGCCAUGUCACAAGAGUAAAAGAAAAUGGUCAAGGCCCAGGUGACUUUUAGUUUGUUUUAUGCUUUAUUUUGUCUCCUAAUGAAUUUGUAAAGGCCUGUAAAAUAUCAGUUCAGUUCAUCUAAAAAGUAUAAAUUUGGAGAAGUCAGAGCUGGAGAGACGUAAACUUAGACUCUGACUUCAGCAUCAGGCAAAGUAGGUUCAGGAAUCUAUUGUUCAUGGAAUUAACACUAAAUAUUGACGUUGAACAUAAUACGUACUGGACCAUUCUGUGGGUUACGUUAGCUGUCAGCUAACAUCUAAUAUUUCUCUGGCCAACAUAAGAGAAUCGUUAUAAUUUAAAUGAUAUGCCCAGUUUUUGAGGAGAAAGAAGAUCAGUGCCUCAGGUGAUUUUAGUAUUUUUAUGGGACUUUCGUCUGAGUAAGUUUCUUUGAUGGUUCUCCCUGUAGGUAAUGUGGUGGACAGUGUCCUGAACAGCAGCAUUCUCAUAAAGCAAAAGACUCCCUGACAUUCAGUGAUGUGGCUGUGAAGUUCACCUGGGAGGAGUGGCAGCUCCUAGACCCUGCUCAGAAGGACCUGUUCUGGGAUGUGAUGUUGGAGAACUAUAACAACCUGGUAUCCUUGGGGUAUCGAGUUAGCAAACCAGAUGCACUCUCCAGGUUAGAACAAGGAGAACAACCAUGGACUAUAUUAGAUGAAAGUCAUAAUCAAAACUUUUCAGGGAAGGAACAGGGUACAACUCACAUCAGGAUAAACUUGGAAGCAAGAGGAACAACUCAGGAUACAGUUCUUCAGUCAGAAAUCUGGGAAGUUGAUCAUCUGCUUGGGCACUCACAAAAUGAAAGCAGGGUGGACAGCAUGGAACAGUGCUAUGAACAUAAUACAUUGGAAAAUAUUGUUCAUCGGCACAAAAAUCAUUCUCCUUUAAGGGAAAAUCAUGAUAUGUUUGACUUAGAUGAAAAAGCUGUGAAAUCAAAUUUAGCUUUAAUCAACCAGAACAGAAGCAUUGAAAUAAAGAACUCUGCUGAGCUUAACAGAAGUGAGAAAACCUUUCUCCACGUUGACCAGGAGCAAUUUCGUACUGAAUCUAAAUUCCGUGAAAGUCAGAUACCCAACACCACUAAGUCCCAACACAUUAAGCACCAGAAAACUCAAAAGAUAGAGAAACUGCCGGUAUGCAGUGAAUGUGGGAAAGCCUUCAUCAAGAAAUCUUGGCUCGUUCGUCAUCAGAUCAUUCAUCCAGGAAAGGGUCCCUUUGUAUGCAGUGAAUGUGGAAAAUCUCUUACCCAGAAGUCAAGUCUCGUUAGACAUCAGAAAAGUCACAGAAGAGAGAAACUCUUUCAAUGUAAUGAAUGUUCGAAAGCUUUCUCCACAAAACACAAGCUUAUUAUACAUCAAAGAACUCAUAAAGAGAGACGGCAUGGCUGCAACGAGUGUGGAAAAACUUUUCUUUACAUGUCUUGCCUUUUUAGACAUAAAAUAAAACACACAAGGAAGAAACAUGUAGAUACAGGCAAGGUGAAAAACCCUUCCCCAGCAAGUCAUUCCUCAUCACAUACUGCUGAUCUCAUGCGGGACAAAAACCCUGUUAGUACAGUGACUAUGCAGAUACCUUCUGUGGCAGCUCAGACAUCAGUAAACACCAGUGGACUCCUAACAAAUAGGAACGUAGUCCUUGUGGGACAGCCUGUUGCCAGGAGGGAACCGUCAGGAGAUAACAGAGAAUUUGUACAGCAGAGAGUCCUUAUGAAUACAGUGAAUGUGGUAGUGCCCAUGAAUGCAGUGAAUGUGGUAGUGCCUAUGAAUGCAGUGAAUGUGGUAGUACCUUCAGUGUCCAAUUGUAUCUUAUUUUAUGUUCCACAAAACCCGUAGGAUAAACUCAGAUACAUUCAUUGGGGACUAGUGAUUAGCAAAAAUUUCUCCUUCAUUUUAUAGCUAGAAGGUAUAUCCUGAGGGAAAUCAUAUGAAUGCAGGAACCAGGAAAGCUGAUAUACUCAUUGUACGUAAAUAUGUGGAUUCAUAUCAAGACAUAAUCUUAUUUUAACCAAAACGCAUACACAUUGAUUGCUCUGUUGUGUCAAUUAAAUGAAUGAAAGUCUGAGUUGAUGUCAGUGGACAAAAUAACAUGAGUUUUUAAAACAGAAAAAAUAAUCGGUAUCUGAAAUGUUACCUGUUAUUUGCUGUGAAAUCAGUUCUGAUUCAUGGUGACUCCAUGUGGUAUAAAUGAAAAAUCACAUAGGAUGUGAUGUGUAGGUAAAAGUAUUGGAUUGGUCAGAAUUGGGGUACAUAUAUAUCAUUUCAGUUUAUCCAGAUUAGUGUGAAGGAUCCAUUGAAAACCAGAAUGUUUACCAUCAAUUUUAUAACUAUAUUAUGCAGGGAGACUUUUGAAGCAAUAGAAUUCUAUUGAGUCUAUUGAUGAAUGUAAGCAAUAUUUCUCACAUACUGCCUUUGUACCUGGCCCUGUUUCCAGGAACUGAAAAUACAGUGGUGAAUAAAAAAAGUCCAUGCCCUCUUGGAGAGAGCAUUGAGUUGGAUUAUAUUUUGACACUCCAGCUAAUCUAGUCAAAGGAUGUAAAAAUGGCACAGCGGUGGCAUCUGACCUCCUCUAACUUCACAAGGGGGAAGAAGAAUCAACAGCCCAAGGCUGAUUUCCUGUGAGGUAGAGGUCAGACAUACCUCCUAUC